AUGUUAGAGAAUACGGAAUAUCUACGAAAUAGUCCUUUUGAUAUAUAUAAUAAAUCUUUGAUAAAUAAAUUAUCCUUACCUUCAUAUUGGAACACCGAAGAUCGAGCCCCACACAUUAGAGUUUUGGAAGAUGGUGUUGGACUUGCAUACACUGGUACUCAAGCAUAUAGGCCGGGAAGAAAUUGGAUUGAUGCAUCGAGUAUAAGGGCGGAUCAUCCAAUUUCGAACGAAGUUGGAAUAUAUUAUUUUGAAAUCGAAGUAAUUGAUAAAGGAGAACGUGGAUGUAUAGGGAUAGGAUUAACUAAAGGUUGGGAACCGGAAUCAAUAGGUUAUCAUGGGGAUGAUGGUUUAUUAUAUUUAUAUAGUGGUAGUGGAAGGAAAUAUGGACCAUUAUAUGAUACUGGUGAUAUUGUUGGAUGUGGGAUAAAUUAUUUUGAUAAAACUGUUUUCUUUACUAAAAAUGGAAUAAAUUUAGGAGUUGCGUGUAAUGGUUUAUUUUAUGAUGGAGAGGUAUAUCCAAUAGUUGGUAUGAUAAGUCCAAGGGAAGUUAUAAAAGCAAAUUUUGGACAAAUGCCUUUUAAAUAUAAUAUAACAAUGCACGCAAAGAUUAAUAAUAAACAUUAA